AUGAAUUGUUCAACACGAGAAGAAAUUGCACGUCAUAUUGAAUUAUAUACUUAUCCAUUUUUACUUGGUAUUGGAACAGUUGGAAAUCUUUUAUCAAUUGUUGUUUUAAUUCAAAUGAGACAACAUAGUGUUUAUCGUUAUUUAACAUUUAUGGCUAUUGCUGAUACUGUUCUUUUAUAUAUUGGUUUAUUACGUGAAUUACUUUUAUCAUCAAGUUUUCAAAUGCAUAUUCAAGGUACAUUGCUAUGUAAAUUACAUGUUUUCUUCUUCUAUAAUACUCUUCAUCUUUCUUCAUGGUUUCGAUGUUGUCUAAAUUUGGAUCGUUAUGUUGCUGUUAAAUUUCCUAUAUAUACAUCAAAAUGGUGUCGUACACGACAAGCAUCAAUAAAUUCAAGUAUUGUAUUCGUUGUUUUAUCAUUAUCAAAUGUUCAUCUAUUAAUAUUUGUUCAUGGUGAUGAUGGUAAUAAUCAUAAUCUAUUAAAUAUUUCAAAUUUUACAGGCGGCUCUACUGUGAAUCCAUUCCAAUAUCAACGAUGUUAUUUACAUCCAAAUUAUGUACAUUUUUUCGAACAAAUCUAUACAUGGAUUGAUAUGUUUCUUGUAACAAUAAUCCCAUUUAUAUUUAUUAUUUUAUGUAAUUUAACUGUUAUUAAUCGUGUAUUUCUUGUCUCUAGUCCGAGUAAAAAAAGUGAAAUAGUUAGUCGUUCCAAAGCAACAAAUCGUUUACGUUCAUUAUGUUUAAUGAUGAUAUGUUCAUCAUUUGUAUUCGUUGCAACAACAUUACCGGUAACUGCAUUUAUUAUUGAUUUAUUAUCACAUAAAGCAUCUAUUGAUGUAAUGCGUUGUCGACGUAUACAAUGGACAGUAUAUAAUAUUUUAAUGUAUUUUAAUUAUGCUAGUAUACUUAGUUAUUGUUUAUCGGGUACGGAAUUUCGUCAUGUAUUAAUGAAAACAAUACAUUUUCGAACAAAACCAAGUUUAGCAUCAAUGUUUCAUACAGAUAUGAUGAAUGCUGUUAAUCAACGUCGAACAUCAACACCACAACAAUUUCAUCGUGUACUUGUUGAAUAUCAAGGACAACAACGUUUUCGAUCAUCAUCUGUUAGUGUAUUACCAGUUAAUAAAAAAGAUACGAAAGAUCAACAUCAUAUGUUAAAAAUAACACCAACAAAUACAAAAUAUUUACAAAUUCAACAACCAGAUUAUCAUAAUCGUUAUAGACAUUCUUGUACAAGUCAAACAAAUUGUGGAGGAGUGACAGUAUCAUCAACAAUUCAAAGUCCACUUAAUACGAGAUGGAAAUCAAGUUAUGCUACAAAUAAUCAACAUGAUAUACUAGAUCCUAAUGAUGACGUAAACUCUAAUGAUGCACAUAAUAUUCCAUUUAUUAAUGAUUUACUUGAAAAUAUAAAAAAUUCUAUAUAUUUAUCUUCUUCAUCAUCAUUAAUUAAACCAAUAUCACCUUCAUUAAAUAAAAAUUCUUCGAUCCUUUAUGGAUUUCUCGAUGCCAAAUUUCUUUCAUAUUUAUAUAAUUUUUCUACACAAGAAUUAUCGAGAAAAAAAUCUAUUGAUAUUGAAGGUAUUCAAUGUCCAAUAGAUAAUCAAUUCAAUGAUAAAUUAUCAUUAUUUCAAUCAUUUGAAAUUCUUCUUCUACUUUGUUUUCAAUCAUCAUAUGAUCAAGAAUAUUCAUCGAAUUAUUUUAUUGAAAAAUAUUUUUCAAAUUAUCAAUUAAAUCAAAAUUUAUUAAUUCGUAUUCUUGAUGAAAAAAUUUAUUUAUAUCUUGAAGAACUUUCUCUACCUGAUCCAGUAUCAUAUGAAUAUAUCAAAACAAUAUUUUCUUAUAUAUGUUUAAAUACUUAUCAAUAUGAAAUAAAUCUACGUGAAAAUGAUUUAGAAAGUUUAUUAAAUUUAUUUACAGAAUCAUUUCGUAUUUAUCGUCGUGAUGUACGUUUAUGUCAACAAUUAUUUGAUUUUUUAAAAUUAUUUUUAAAAAAAUUUUAUGAAAAAAAUAUUCAGAAAAAAUUUUUUCUGAAUGAAAAUUGGUUACAUUUAAAAAAAAUUUUUGAUGCUUUUUGGCAAAUGACAAUUAAUAAAAAUAUUCUAUUAAACAAUCAUAUAAGAAAAUCAAUUUUACAAAUUAAACAAAUUCUUAUUCAAGAUGAUACUAUUAGUUUUGAUGAUAUACAAAAUUUAUUAAAUGAUUCAUCAUAUUUUGUUCGAUUAGAAACAAAUAAACUUUGUUUAAAUUUAUUUUAUGAAAAUAAUCGUUUAAAAUCAUCGAAUGAACAAGAAAUAAUUUAUCAAAAUUUAAUUGAAAAAAAUUCUAUUAUGUUUUCUUAUUUUACAACUAUAAGUGAAUAUCUUUCAUGUCAAAUAGCUUUUUAUUUAAUUAAAUACGGAAUGAAUAAACAAUUAUCGAAAAAUCUUAUUAAACAUAUUCUUCCAAAAAAUGUUUCAAUUCAAGCAGUUAUUCAAUAUUAUCAUCAACAUUUAUCAUAUGAAAUAAAAGAUUUUCCAUGGGAUUUUUUAAAUAUUAAUUCAUCAAAAGAAGAAUUUUAUUCAUUUAUAUUUUCAACAUAUUUUCUCUCGACUCUAAGCGAUCGACAAGAACUUAAAGGAAUUUUUUCUGAUAUUAAAUCUUCAUUAAUUGAAUAUUUUCCACAAGUACAAGCUUAUCUUUUACCGUUAUUAGUUAAGAAAACAAAAGAGAACAAUCAUGCUGAAGAACAUCGACAGUUAAUUGAAAAAAUACUGACAAAAACUGAGUAUAAUCGUUUAAUGAAACAAAAAUUAACCAUGAUUAUUUUCAAACUUUUAUUAACUUAUUGGAAUAACCAAGAAAAUGAAUUUUAUGAUCCAUGGUCACCACAAUUAAUUUUACCAGCUUAUCCUUGGUCAACAUUGAGAAAUACUUUUGAUUAUAUUAAACAAAUAAUGAAUGCGAAAACAUUUGUUGAACUUUUAAUAAAAACAGCGGAUAUUAGUGAAAUUCUUCUUUGUUUAUCAUCGAAUCUUUUCUCAACAAAUUCUCUUCAUGAACAAUUACGUUUACUUGAUAUAUUUUCAUUAUUUGUAACUGAUAUACUCUUAAAUUCAUUGGAUAAUGAUUAUUUACAUAGUAUACUACGUGAUUCAACUUAUAUAUUAUUACGAUAUAUCGAAAAAACUUCUCAAAUAAAAUAUGAAGAAAUUUAUCAACAAGAAUUAAAUGAUAAAAUUCUAAAUAUUAUUUGUCAACUUCUUCAUCAAUUAUGUAUAAAAGGACUUGAUUAUGAUGCAUCAAUUUAUCUUAAUCAUAUUCCAGAUAUUAUUUCAAUUCUUAUUAAUAACAAUCAAUAUUUAACAAAAGAACGUAUUCAAAUAAUUUUAAUUCAUAUUUAUCAAUUUAUUAAACAUAAUAACAAUUCAAUCUAUAUUUUAAUAUCAUAUGCAAUAGAAAAAUUAGGAUAUUUAACAAAUGAAAUCCAACGAAAACCUCAAACCAUAUCAACAUCAGAUUAUUUUUCGUAUCUUUCUGAUCGUCGUUCAUCAUUACCAGUUGAAUGGAUAUUAGAAAUGUUUCAUAAUCAUUUAGAAAUUGAACGACAAAAUUCUUCUUCAUUAUCUCUUAAUAUUGAUCCUUCAAUAAUAUCUCAUGUGAAACAACAAUUAAUUGAAUGUCUUUUACUAAAACAUAAUCAUAUUUUAGCUGGAAAAUGUUUAUCAAAAUGUUCAUUAUUUCUAUCAAAUAAUAAUAAUCAAGAGAAUCUUGAAGAAGAUCAAUAUGAACAAAUUCCAUUAUGGAUUAUUGAAGAUUUAAUAAUGUUUUAUCUGAUUGAUAAAGAUCAACAUAUCGUUGAAUGUACACAUUAUACAUUAAAAACUAUUUUAAAUCAUUCAAUUGGACAAGAAUUCUAUCAAAAAUAUUUAAAAAAUAAUUUAAUACAAAUUUAUUCCAAACCAUUUCUAUCUCAAAUAAAUUCUUCAAUAAAAUUACAAACAAAUUUUACUUCAUCAUCAAAUCCAUGGUUAAUAACAUCAAUAUCAUCGUUUCAAACAUGGUUUAUUUCAUUAAUUAAUUAUCUUUUCAAACAAAUUGAAUGUUAUUAUAUUGAACAAAAAGAAACUGGACAUCCAUAUGCAUAUCUAUUUCUUCAAUUAAAAUAUUUAAUACAAUUAAAAAUUGAUUUAGGAAAAAAAUUAUUUCCAUAUUUAAUUAUUUGUUUAUUAUUACUUCCAGCAAAAUUUAAUCUUCGACAAUUAUUAACAAAAAAUUUUAAUUUUCUUAUUGAACAAUUACUUGAAAAUAAUUAUUUAAUUUCGAAUGACAUAGCAAAAAUUCUUUUUCGUACGAUAAAUUAUUUAAAACAAUGUCCAAUUGAUACGAUAAAUAAAAGAAAUGGAGGAAAAUAUUUAUUUCUUAAUUUUGAUAAUCAUUUUUGGUUGGAUAUUGAUUAUUUUCAAUUAGCUAAAUGUGCAUCGAAAUAUCAAUGUUAUCAGUCAGCUAUUAUGUAUACAGAUAUUUGGACAACUAAACAAAGAUCAAUUUUACCGGAUAAUGAUUAUUCAAUACAUUUAUAUCAUUCUGAUAUUGAUUUAUUUUCUUCUUCAUCAGAUUUAGUUGAUUUAUUUGUUCGUAUUCAUUCAAAUAUAAAUCAAUCAGAUGAAUUCUAUGGUCUUGAUAAAUAUUUUCAAAAUCGUCCAAAUCUCUCUGGAGAAUUUAAUCAAUUAAAUAAUAAUUAUUAUGAUUCAUUAUUUUAUUAUGAUCAAGCAGCAUCAACAAUUGAUUCAUCAAAAUUUAUUCAAACAUUACGUUUAUGUGGAUUUAAUCAUAUACUUGAACAAUAUUUAAAUCAAAUGUCAUCAUUAUCCGAUCAAAUCUUUUAUCGUAUUCAAUUAACAUCAAUAUUAACUGGACAAAAUAAAUUAACACAAUGGAAAACAUCGGAUGAACAAUCAUCAAAUCAUAUUCGACAAGAUAUUUUAUCAAUAAUACAACGACAAACACAUGUUUCAUUAUCAUCAAUACCACAAUUAAUUGAUCAUAAUUUAUGGUCAAAUGUUUCUGAUUUUCGUGAAUGUUUCCUUAUUAAUAUUAUUGAUGAUAUAACAACAAACUACCAAAAUCCUCAAAUAUUAUCAAAAAUAUGGUCAAAUCAAAUAAAUAAUUUAAUUAAAGAAGAUAUUUUCGAUCAUAAUGAUGAAAUUUUAUUAACGCGUGUAGCAACAACACAAAAAUUAUUAUUACAUAAUAUUAAUCACGAUAAAGAAAAUCAAGAUAUUAAACAAACACUUUUAGCAGAUUUAAUUACACAAUUAUGUCAAAAUGCAUUAGAUUGUAAAAAACUUCAAUUAUGUGAUCGAUAUCUAAGUGAUUUAUCUCCAUUAAUUGAUCGUUCAUAUUCGCAUAAACUAUCAUUUCUUCGUGCUAAAGUUCUUGUUCUUCGUCAACAAGAUACAGCUGGUGAAUAUCUUCGACAAUUAAUUGAAUCUCCUUUACCAGAUGCAAUUCAUAUACGUUGUCGUUUAUUAUUAUGUGAAUGGCUUAAUGAAACUCGAUGUGAAACAUCAUCAACUAUAAAACAACAACUUGAUUUAAUAUCAAAUUCUAUAAAAAAUCUUGAUUUAUCAUCAUUAUCUCUUAUAUUUGAAUCUUAUCUAGCUAUGGCACAUUUUAGUGAUAAUGAAUAUCAACGUUUAAAUCAAUUACUUCAUUCACCCAUGUUUGAAAAUAAAAAUUCUUUAAUUAAACGUAAUCAAGCUGAAUAUGAUAAACAAGAAAAAUUAGAUCCAUUAGGACGUUAUACAAAAGUAUUAAAACGUAGUUUAGAUAUGGAUAGAAAAGAAAUCGAAGAACAAAAAAAACUUCAAUAUAGUUAUUUAAUUUCAACAUUAAAUAAUUAUUUAACAUGUUUAAAAUUUUAUUCAAAUUUAUCAAGAAAACAAACAAAAAAUUCGAUGAUAACAACAGAUAUUAUUAAAAAUAAUUCUGUACCAGAAAUAAUGAUUACAUCAAAAUGUCUUUCAUAUUGGUUUACAAAUUUUAAAAAUGAUGAAGUUAAUAAAACUUUGAAGAAAAAUCUUUUAAAUAUUCCAACACAUUUUUUCUUACCAUUCGUUUAUCAAAUGGCAGCAAGAAUGGCUUUAAUUAAUGAUAAAUUACCAUUAGGAUUUCAUUCAAUUCUUUUAGAAUAUUUAUCAAGAUGUAUUAUUGAUCAUCCACAUCAUGUUUUACCAGUUAUUUUUGCUCUUGCUAAUGCACAUAAAGAUGCACAUAUCAAUCAACAACAAACAACUACAACAAAUACUGGGAAAAAAAAACAAUAG